UUAUGCCUUUAUGGGUCUCUUUUAUAAACCCAAGCGGCAACAAAGAAUGAAAGACAGAAAGUCAGUAGCAGCACCAGCAGAAGAAACAAAACAUCAAAACCCUAGACGCAAAAAAGAAUCAUACUUUGAAGAAUAAGAAGAAGAACAACAACAGAUACUUCAAACUAAAUCUAUAUCUUUGUCUUUCAGUAUGAUGCCUGAAAACUUAACUUCAUCAUCACCUUCAGAACUCUACAGAUUUUUAAGUGGGAAUGAUUUUAUGGAUGCAUAUGGAAUUCAUUCCAUGAAUAAUAAUUAUGAUUUUACAGGUGGGAUUAUUAGUAAUAAUAAUCAUUAUCUAGGAAAUAACAGCAGGGGCAGCAGCUUUAACGGUGGUUCUUCUGCUUUUUACCAAUAUAAUGAUGUCUCAGAUAUAACUGAUAAUCUGAAUCAGAUUCCACAAGCUAGAGCUUUAGCUGCUUCAAAGAAUCACAGAGAAGCUGAGAAAAGACGAAGAGAAAGAAUCAAUUCUCAUCUCAAUAAACUCAGAAGCCUUCUUCCUUGCAAUUCAAAGACAGAUAAAGCUUCCCUACUAGCAAAAGUUAUUCAACAUGUUAAAGAAUUAAAGCAACAAACGAUGGAGAUUUCUGAAUUAGAGUUAUUUCCAUCAGAAACGGAUGAAAUCAGUGUGCAGGCAGCUGGAGAUUAUUCUGUUGAUGGAAGAUCGAUUCUAAAAGCAUCACUAUGUUGUGAAGAUAGAUCUGAUCUUUUACCUGAACUAAUCGAAACCCUAAAGUCUCUGAGAUUGAAGACUUUAAGAGCUGAAAUGUCUACAUUAGGUGGGAGAGUUAGAAAUGUGUUUCUUGUUACUGGUGAAGAAGAUCACCAAGAUCAUCAAAGUAAUAUUGAAUCUAUUGGUUUUUUACGCGAUGCUUUGAAAACUGUAAUGGAUAGAUCCAAUUCAAAUGACCGGUCUAAAAGAAGAAGAAUGGUUGAUAGAAGAUCAAUCACAGCAACUUCAGUGAUAACAACAACAACUUGAAAAUUAUCGCUAGAGACCUGACAAGAUCGCGUUUUUAGAUCACUCAACAGGCCAUUUGAGGAACAUGAAAAAAAUAGUUUGCUGGUUUUGGUCACUCCAAUUCUUUUAAAUCGUUUAUUUCAAAGUUGCUUCAGCUGGCCUUAGUCAUGAGUAGUUAUACUGUUUUGAUUUGUAAGGUCUGAUUGAUGGUUUAUUAUGUAGUGUGGUGAGUUUGUAGUGUGCUUAGAAUAGUUUGUAGUUUGUGCAUGGAGUGACAAGAAAGAAAACAAUGGACAAAAAAAAGAUAUUAAAGCUGUAAGUACGUAGGAAUAUUGGGAGGUCUUUUUUCUUCUAUGCAGAUGUGAUUGAGUUGACGAAUGCUGUGAGAGAUUCGAAUAUAUCCGAACUGCAGUUGAGGAUUUUUCUUCUUCUUCUUCUUAGGAAUAUCAUGAUUAUGUAUUUUCUUGGAUUCUUGAUCCAGACAGAGAUCAGAAUCAAUGUUUCAGUCAUGAAAUGUAACUAAAACUCCACGAAAAGAAGUGGGUCAAUGGACAAAUUUAUUUUUGUGUGCGCUUAA